GACUGGUUCAGAGACAACAUGAUAAUUGUCUUCGUGCUUCUACUCAACGCCAGUUUGGCCUUCUUCUUUUUUACUGUGCUAACCGCUCCUGCAAAUCCUUCGGCUAUCCCCGGUUCUGUCUCCUUCUCCUCCCUUUCUUCUGGCGGAGGAGGAGCCACUGUUCCAUCUACAGCCUCAGCAGCCAAAAGGAUGCUUCGAGCAGCCAGAGCGGCUUCUAAAAAGGCGAAUCCAACUCUUUGA